ACGAUCAGUGAUACCUAUUUAACACAAUACCGAAAAUAGGGUUUUGAUUCUCCGAAGGUUUUUGCGCGAGAGCCGUCUUCUUUUCACUUCCCUUCUAGGCUUCUACAGCUAAAGCUGAGCCCUUAGCUUCUCACCCCCAUCAACCAUGGCCGUCGGGAAGAACAAGAGGAUUUCAAAGGGAAAGAAAGGAGGCAAGAAGAAGGCAGCGGAUCCAUUUGCAAAGAAAGACUGGUACGAUAUAAAAGCUCCUUCUGUUUUCCAAGUGAAGAAUGUGGGCAAGACUCUUGUUACCCGUACGCAGGGUACUAAGAUUGCUUCUGAAGGACUGAAACAUCGUGUGUUUGAGAUCUCUCUAGCUGACCUUCAGGGUGAUGAGGAUCAUGCUUACAGAAAAAUUCGGUUGAGAGCUGAAGAUGUUCAAGGAAGGAAUGUUCUGACAAAUUUCUGGGGAAUGGAUUUUACAACAGACAAGUUGAGGUCUUUGGUGCGGAAAUGGCAAACUUUGAUUGAAGCUCAUGUGGAUGUGAAGACAACUGAUAAUUACACCUUGAGGAUGUUCUGCAUUGGGUUUACCAAGAGAAGACCAAACCAGGUCAAGAGGACUUGCUAUGCUCAAUCCAGCCAGAUAAGACAGAUUCGUAGGAAAAUGAGGGAGAUCAUGAUAGCCCAAGCGUCGUCUUCUGAUCUCAAGGAUUUGGUUCGCAAGUUCAUUCCUGAGAUCAUUGGCAAAGAAAUUGAGAAGGCAACUUCAAGCAUCUAUCCUUUACAAAAUGUCUUCAUUCGGAAAGUAAAGAUUUUGAAAGCUCCAAAAUUUGAUCUCGGAAAACUGAUGGAGGUUCAUGGUGAUUAUUCAGAGGAUGUAGGUGUGAAGUUGGAAAGGCCUGCUGAUGAAACAAUGGCUGAGGCUCCUGCUGAAGCUGCCGCAUGAGCUUGAAAUGAUUUUGUUUUUGCUAUUUUUUGAGUUACUGUUGAUCUCCCUUUUUUCUAAAUUGCAGACAAUGCUUUAAGUUGCUGCACGUUUUUGUUUAGCGCGUCUUUCAUUUAAAUGAGAUUCAGAAUGGUUCUUUCUAGGACAUGUUUUUGCACUUUUAUCAAAUAGUUGGCUACUUGUUGCCCAAAAUUAUACACAUUUACAUAUUUCCCAUUA